AUGCUACGCUAUAUCAUCCUCUUUGCUUACCUCCUUAUCGUCUUCUCCCAGGAUUCGACAAAUAAAGUCUGGAACAUCUCGGGAACAUGUGGCAACGAUGAUGUUUGCGACAUCGAUACUCAGCGGGCCAGGGGCAUUCGCAGGCGAUGGGAAAGAUGGAAGGACAUCAUGUACGCCCCCGGGCACCAAAUGCACAUAUGUCUGGGCUUGCCUGUAAGCACAAGGUGGGAAGGAGGGUGUUCAAAUAUAAUGAAUAAGUCUGGUGCAUUAGACUUGAUCUGGAGCAGUGUUUUGUUGGCUAGUUAAAAUCUCUAUGGUCUCAAAAUUCCUGUGACUGUCAUGGAGCUUUCUGUGUGUAGCCUUUGGGAUUUUUUAUUCAACAUAAUUGAUCAUGUAUAAUUUGAAGAAAUGACUCCUAGAACA